CCAUUGGCGGGGCCAAGAGAGAGGCCGGAAGUGGAGGAGAGGCGGAAGCGCGCCCAAGCCGAGUCAGGUGCUGCUGGAGAAGAAGAAGAAGAAGAGAAGAGAAGAAGAGGAGGAAGACAGGCCAGCGAGGGAAGGAAGGAAGGCUCCUCGAAGGCGGGUCAGAGGAGAGGAGACUUGAGGAAGAGCUGUUGACUUCUCAGCCCUGCCUGGUCUCUCAUUGGGAAUGGAGGACUAACCCACGGUUUGAAAUAGGCAACAACAAAGCAUCCAUGCUGAAAUAGCUGAAAAACAUGCUGUAAUGCGACGUUCAGUGUAAGAAGACAGUUUUGGAGUGGAAAGGUACAGCUGAGCACCAGCAGGAUAAAGAUGAUAUUGAAAACCAUGUGAACGGAUGAGAUUACCUAAAUAUAGUGUAUAAAGAAAAAACAACAAAGGGCCCAGAACAAUCCUGUGGAACUCCAACUGAAAGUUAGUGACUUAAGGACCCAUGAAAUGGCCACAGAUGAUAAGGCAUCCCCAACAUUGGACUCUAUGAGUGAUCUUCCCUACUGUCCUGGGAGUCCCUCUCACCUUACCCACUUCAAGCCUUUGACUCCUGACCAGGAUGAACCUCCAUUUAAAUCAGCCUAUAGUUCUUUUGUAAAUCUCUUUCGCUUCAGUAAAGAUGAUGGUCGAAUUGCAUCGUCUGCGGCGGAGAGAGCAGAAGCCGGACAAGGGGACCAGCAGUCACUGAAUUCGAAUUGGUCAAGUCCGCAACAUAGUUUGAGGUCGCAGUCGCUAAGGUCAUCACCUGUGGCUUACAAAAAGUCUCAGACAUCUGGAGACUUGCAGAGAAGGUCUUCUGCAUCUUUAGAGAAUAGAAGAAAAGAACCCCCUCUCAGUGGGCAUGAUCCUCGGACGGCUGUUCAACUUAGGAGCCUCAGUACCGUCUUAAAGCGCCUCAAAGAAAUCAUGGAAGGCAAAAGCCAGGACAGUGACCUGAAGCAGUAUUGGAUGCCAGACAGCCAGUGUAAGGAGUGUUAUGACUGCAGUGAGAAGUUUACCACCUUUAGGCGUAGGCACCACUGCCGGUUAUGUGGGCAGAUCUUCUGCAGCCGAUGCUGCAACCAGGAAAUCCCAGGAAAAUUCAUGGGGUACACAGGUGACCUCAGAGCUUGCACAUACUGUCGCAAAAUAGCCUUAAGCUAUGCUCACUCCACAGAUGGUAACUCCAUUGGGGAAGAUUUGAAUGCUCUGUCCGAUUCUGCUAGUUGUGUAUCGGUGCUGGAUCCUGGGGAACCACGGACACCUGUUGGCAGCAGAAAAGCUAGUCGUAAUAUCUUCCUGGAAGAAGACCUUGCCUGGCAAAGUUUGAUUCAUCCAGACUCUUCAUCCUCCACUUUGUCAACACGUCUUGGCUCAGUUCAAGAGGAAGCAGGAAAAUCGCCUGCACGGAAUAGAUCAGCCAGCAUUACUAACCUGUCCUUGGAUCGAUCGGGGUCUCCGAUGGUGCCUUCCUAUGAAACAUCUGUCAGUCCGCAGGCGAAUCGCACCUACGUGAAGGAGGCCAAUGAGGAUGAGCGCAAAAUUCUUCUGGACUCAGUCCAGCUAAAGGACCUCUGGAAGAAAAUCUGCCACCACAACAGCGGGAUGGAGUUCCAGGAUCAUCGUUAUUGGUUGCGUACACAUCCCAACUGCAUUGUGGGAAAGGAUCUCGUCAAUUGGCUCAUGAGGAAUGGCCACAUCACCACCAGAGCUCAAGCUAUUGCCAUAGGACAGGCAUUGGUAGAUGGCCGUUGGCUGGAUUGUGUGAGUCACCAUGAUCAGAUCUUUAGAGAUGAGUAUGCACUCUACAGACCCCUGCAGGUCAAGAGAUGUAGCAAGAGAGCUGUGAAACCUUCAGUGAAAAGAAAGAGUACAGAAUUUUCGGAAACUCCUUCUCCAGACAGUGACUCUGUCAACUCUGUGGAGGGCCACUCUGAGCCGUCCUGGUUCAAGGACAUCAAGUUUGAUGACAGCGACACAGAACAGAUUGCAGAAGAAGGAGAUGACAACUUGACCAAUUCUGCCAGCCCUAGCAAGCGCACCUCAGUCAGCAGCUUCCAGUCUGCCAUGGACAGCGACUCAGCCGCUUCCAUCAGCCUGAACGUGGAGCUGGACAACGUCAACUUCCAUAUCAAGAAGCACUCCAAGUACCCACAUGUGCCCCCUCACCCUGCCGACCAGAAAGAGUACUUGAUUGCUGACAACGGAGGACAGCAAAUGAUCUCAAUAAGCGACGCUUUUAUCAAAGAGUCUCUAUUCAAUCGACGAGUUGAAGAAAAAUCCAAGGAGUUGUUUUUCACCCCAUUGGGCUGGCACCACAGUAAUCUGGACCUGCUGAGGGAGGAAAAUGGGGAAAAACAAGCCAUGGAGAGGUUGCUCUCUGCUAAUCACAAUCAUAUGAUGGCACUGCUUCAGCAGCUGCUAUACACUGAAUCAUUGUCCCUCUCCUGGAGGGAUAUCAUUGUGCCUGUGGUCUGCCAGGUGGUUCAGACCGUUCGACCUGAUGUGAAGAACAGAGAUGAUGACAUGGACAUCCGCCAGUUUGUCCAUAUCAAAAAAAUUCCAGGUGGAAAGAAGUUUGACUCUAUUGUGGUGAAUGGAUUUGUAUGCACCAAGAACAUAGCACAUAAAAAGAUGAACUCCUAUAUUAAAAACCCCAAAAUUCUUCUAUUGAAGUGCUCCAUUGAAUAUCUCUAUCGAGAAGAAACAAAGUUUACAUGCAUAGAUCCCAUCGUUCUACAGGAAAGGGAGUUCUUGAAGAACUAUGUACAGAGGAUUGUGGAUGUGAGGCCUACUUUAGUCCUGGUGGAAAAAACAGUGUCUCGUAUUGCUCAGGACAUGCUGCUGGAGCAUGGCAUCACUUUGGUCAUCAAUGUUAAGCCGCAUGUCUUGGACAGGGUAAGUCGGAUGACUCAGGGAGAUGUAUUGAUGUCGAUGGAUCAGCUGCUGACCAAGCCACACCUGGGGACUUGCCACAAGUUUUACAUUCAAGUUUUUCAGUUGCCUAAUAGUCAAACAAAAACAUUGAUGUUUUUUGAAGGCUGCCCACAGCACCUGGGUUGCACCAUCAAGCUGCGUGGUGCAGGGGAUUAUGAACUGGCUCGAGUGAAGGAGAUUCUCAUUUUUAUGAUUUGUGUGGCUUACCAUUCCCAGUUGGAGAUCUCGUUCCUGAUGGAUGAAUUCGCCAUGCCCCCCAUGUUGGCCAAAAACAUUUCCUUUCAUUCCCUGAUUGAAGGCCAGGGAGAAGAUAGUGGACAGCAAGACCAGUCAAAAACUAUUGUAGGAAAAGAUGUUGACAUGGCCUCUGAAAAAAUGCCUGUAAUCUCUGAAUUGCCAUCUUUGGAUGAGAUGAGUUCUAUGGAAGAAAGCACAUUGGUAGAAGAGAAUGGGCAGGAUAAUAGUGACUUGCAAGAUGUUUCUUCUCAGAAGCGACAAGAACAACUCUCGAUGGAUUCUUCAUUCAUACCUCCUUUCUUUCCUUCCACAUUAAUACCAGAGGCUUUGUUGCCCCUUGACCUGAUGGACCAACAGCUGGGAAUUUUGGACAGUGAGCAGCUGGAUAAUUUAGCUGGUAUGGAUGAGUUCCAGGAGCCAAAAGGUCAGAUUAGGGAGUUUAGGGACCCCCUGCAAGAUGACACCGGGAUGUAUGUUACAGAAGAGGUGACCUCCUCUGAAGAUCGCCUCAAAUCUUUCUCUCUAGCAUUUAAACAAGAGCUGAAGGAUCUUAUUCUCUGCAUUUCCCCAGUCAUCACAUUUCGUGAGCCUUUUCUGUUGACAGAGAGGGGCAUGAGAUGCCCCACAAGGGAGUAUUUCCUGGAGCAAGUUUAUGUGUCACCUCGGCUCAACAAGGAGUACAAAGAGCUUGACGGCAGGAGGAAGAAACAGUUGUUGAGGGAUCUGGCUGGCUUGCAAGGAAUGAAUGGAAAUAUCCAAGCCAAACCUGUCCAGAUCUUACCUUCCCAUGAACUUGUGAGCACUAGGAUUGCAGAGCAUAUGAACAAUAGCCAAAGUCUGGCUAGAAUGGUGGCUGACUUCCGGGCCAGAGGAGGAAGGAUCGUGCAGAAGGAUGCAGAUCCCUUUGCCCAAUGUAAGGAGACACCUGAAGUGAAGUUUGGAGCCAGGAGUGGGGAUGAAGAUGGAUUUAUUCAGAAUGAAUCCCUAUGGUCACAUAAAAUAGACUGCCUCAGCCCUGCAAACCAUCAGAGGCUCUGUGUCUUGUUCAGCAGCUCUUCAGCCCAAUCCAGCAAUGCUCCAAGUGCCUGCGUUAGCCCAUGGAUGGUGGUAAUGGAGUUUUAUGGAAAGAAUGACCUCACUUUGGGUGUGUUUUUAGAAAGGUAUUGCUUCAGGCCUUCCUAUCAGUGCCCGAGCAUGUUCUGUGAAACACCGAUGGUGCACCACAUCCGUCGUUUUGUUCACGGCCAAGGUUGUGUGCAGAUUAUAUUGAAAGAACUAGACUCUCCAGUGCCUGGUUAUCAGCACACUAUUCUUACCUACUCCUGGUGCAGAAUAUGCAAGCAGGUAACACCAGUUGUUCCACUUUCCAAUGACUCAUGGUCUAUGUCUUUUGCCAAAUACCUCGAACUCCGUUUUUAUGGGCACCAGUAUAGCCGAAGGGCUAAUGCCGAGCCAUGUGGCCACUCCAUACAUCAUGACUACCAUCAGUAUUUCUCCUAUAAUCAAAUGGUUGCCUCUUUUAGCUAUUCUCCUAUCCGAUUGCUGGAGGUGUGCGUCCCACACCCCAAGAUCUACAUAAAACGCCAGGUGCCUCAAAAGGUUGCCAUGCUUCAAGAUCUGAAGGACUUGUCUCAAAAAGUGUCUCAGGUAUAUAUUGCUGUUGAUGAGCGCCUCACAUCUCUGAAAACAGAUACCUUUAGUAAAACCAGAGAGGAGAAGAUGGAGGAUCUUUUUGCCCAAAAGGAGAUGGAAGAAGUUGAGUUUCGAAACUGGAUAGAGAAAAUCCAAGCAAGGAUGCUUUCUUCGUCACUUGACACUCCCCAGCAACUGCACUCAGUUGCCGAGUCUCUGGUAGCCAAAAAGCAAAGUCUCUGUGAGAUGUUGCAAGCUUGGAAUAACAGGUUACAGGAUCUCUUCCAGCAAGAGAAAGGGAGGAAACGUCCUUCUGUACCACCUAGUCCUGGAAGACUGAGGCAAGGUGAAGAGAGUAAGAUCAGUUCAAUGGACGCAUCUCCACGGAACGUUUCUCCAGCACUACAAAAUGGAGAUAAAGAGGAUCGUUUCCUGACCACCUUGUCAAGUCAGAGCUCCACAAGCUCUUCUCUCCUCCAGCUUCCAACCCCUCCUGAAGUCACAUCUGACCAGUUUGCCCACACGCUCUCGGAACAAGACACGGCCACCGGCUCAGAAGAUGUAUUUGAUGGGCACUUGCUGGGAUCCACAGACAGCCAGGUGAAAGAGAAAUCCACUAUGAAGGCUAUUCUUGCAAAUCUGUUGCCUGGAAAUAGCUACAAUCCCAUCCCAUCUCCUUUUGAGCCUGACAAGCAUUACUUAAUGUAUGAGCAUGAACGUGUUCCUAUUGCAGUCUGUGAAAAAGAACCCAGCUCCAUCAUCGCCUUUGCUCUCAGUUGUAAAGAAUAUAGAAAUGCCUUAGAUGAAUUAUCCAAAGUAUCUCCAAAGAUCAAUGCUGAAGAAGGACUUCAGAUUAACAGCCUGGCUGAGAUCCGAGCAAAGAACAACAGUCCUGUCCGAAUACCUGAAACAAAUACAGGGCAGUCAAAUCAGGUGGCAGAGGUGGAACAGCCAAAGAAACAAUAUGGAGUUUUGGCCUUCUUUCGAGGCACAGGAGGGAAGAGCCCCGACCUCUCUUCUCAGAAAAAAGAGACCUUACGUGGAGCGGAUAGUGCCUACUACCAGGUUGGGCAGACGGGCAAAGAAGGGGCAGAAAACCAAGGGGCAGAAGCUCAAGAUGAUGCAGAUGGAAGUGAUGCACAAAGGAAACAGCUAGGAAAUCCGCAUGUUGAGCUCCAAUUUUCUGACGCAAAUGCCAAAUUCUAUUGCCGGAUUUACUAUGCAGGAGAGUUCCAUAAAAUGCGUGAAGUGAUACUUGGAAGCAGCGAGGAAGAUUUUAUCCGUUCUCUCUCUCACUCGCUGCCUUGGCAGGCACGAGGAGGGAAGUCAGGAGCUGCAUUUUAUGUUACGGAAGAUGACCGUUUCAUAUUGAAGCAAAUGCCCCGCUUGGAGGUCCAGUCAUUUUUGGACUUUGCGCCACAUUACUUCACAUACAUUACUAAUGCAGUCCAGCAGAAGAAACCAACAGCUUUGGCCAAGAUUCUUGGGGUUUAUCGGAUUGGAUAUAAGAAUUCUCAGAACAACACAGAGAAGAAACUGGAUCUGCUGGUCAUGGAAAACCUCUUCUAUGGCAGAAAGAUGGCUCAGGUCUUUGACUUGAAAGGCUCCUUGCGGAAUAGAAAUGUGAAAACAGACACAGGAAAGGAGAGCUGCGAUGUAGUCCUGCUGGAUGAAAACCUCUUGAAGCUGGUGCGGGACAAUCCUUUGUACAUCCGAUCUCAUUCCAAGGCUGUGCUGAAGGCUUCCAUCCACAGCGACUCCUAUUUCCUUUCCAGCCAUCUCAUCAUUGACUACUCUCUUCUGGUGGGCCGGGAUGAUACCACCGAUGAACUAGUGGUUGGGAUUAUUGAUUAUAUUCGUACCUUUACUUGGGACAAAAAACUUGAAAUGGUGGUGAAAUCAACAGGUAUCUUGGGAGGACAAGGUAAAAUGCCAACGGUAGUAUCUCCGGAACUGUACCGUACCAGGUUUUGUGAAGCAAUGGACAAGUAUUUUUUGAUGGUGCCAGACCACUGGACUGGGUUGGGUGUGAAUUGCUAAGGAGAAGCAGUUCUUACAUGAUGGGAUGGAUGACUUCUUCAAAUUGAAAGAGAACACAAAGGGAAUGCUGUCUUUCCAUUCAGCCCUCUCCAUCUAGUCUCUUCUACACCUGCGAAAAGGUCUUCAGCCACUGUCUUCUGUGUCUUAAGUAUAAUGUCUGCACUUUACGUUGUGAUGUCAGAAUAUUUGCUGAAGACAGACUGGAGAAGACCAUUCCUUCACAAUCAGAACUGGACUGCAUCUUCAGAAGGACACCAGGGGAGCCAUCAAAUAUGUGAGCCUUGCACCAAGGCAGUAUCUUCCACAGGUUACUGUGAAUCGUACUGGAGCACUGAAUCCUGCAUGUAAUUUUUGAAGAGACCAGGCCUUGUAGGCCUUGAACGUGGUAUAAACAGUCUUAAGAUGAAGUAGUCGUUGGUGCAUUUGCAAAACACCAGCUUGCAUUGCAGUGCUUAAAAAGAGCUGGUCGAUCAUGAGGAGCUAAGUGAACCUGUUAACAGCACCACUGCUGUGUUAGGAAUGAGUUCUGUAAGCAGUAUGGUGUGAAAUUGAGUCUGUGAUGCACUGAGAUAUCUCUGAGAAGUAUUUGGUGAUUUUUAGCCAUUUCUCAACAUCCUACUUUGUCAUCUGGAACCUUAAUUUCAGUGGUAGAGAACCUACAUGUGCUCAGCUUUUUGUUGUUAUUAUUCUUUUUUAAUUUAAGAUCCCUUUUUCAUGUUUACUCCAGCUUUGAUUUCAGCUAUGGACCAAGAAAUAGAAUAAUUCCAUUGCAGAUGUACUCACCAACCAAAUUUUAUGAAAAGGAAGACCCUUGUAUAUCUACUAAGCUGAUUACUCAGUCUCAGCAUUAUCAUAAAGUCUAUAUGUAGCUGCAUUGCCUUCCUCUCCUCAUCUCCACCUUACAUGAGGCAAUGAGUAUUUUUAAAGGAAUAACUACUAGCUGCCUUAAGGAGGCAUCCUACAAUGGGGAUUGUUGGGGUUUCUUUUCAUUUCAGCACCAUUUUGGGGAAUGUAGUAUUCAAGUAUCUCUAUAGAAUCCAUUUUGGUUGUGCUAACAGAUUAAGAUACUUAAAUAGUAGUUCUUGUGCACUAUAAAACUUGGUUGCAGUUGUAGGUGCUCUGAAUCAAACUAGGAUGUUGUGUUGGGCAUAAUAGACCAGUUAGGUGGAGAUUUGGCUAUCUUCACAACCUGAGAAAAAAGCACUUUUAAAUGAACAUAUACAUAUGUGUAUAUAUAUAUGUGUAUGUCUUCAUGACGAAAUGUUUACUUUGUACAUAAUAAUAAAGGCCAGUAAAAAAGAAGCAUGUGUCUAAUUAAG